UGGUGCUGCUGGUGUACGUUCUGCUCAAACUGCUCGCAAUCGUCAUCGCCGUUCGUUUGUUUAUUAGGAGUUAAAAGUUGGCAGCGAAAAUGUUUCGUUUUCAUCGCAUAAUUUUGUCCAACGGAAGUGCCUCGGUUCGUAACCAAGGAACGCCUUCUUGGAUGCAGAACAGCAACAGAUGCCUUUCGGCAGCCCCGCAAACGAAACCGGUGAAAAAGGCCUCGCCUGCGCCCACGGUCAACACUUCGUACAUGGCGAAUUUGUUCCGUGGUGAGGUAGAACCGCUGCAGGUGUUCCCUUUCCCGGACGCGCUCAAGCCGGAACAGAAGGAACUCGUCAGCUCGUUGGUUGACCCUGUUUCACGCUUUUUGAAUGACUACGAUCCCGUGCAGGCGGAAAAGAACGGUGGACCGGAUGAGGCCACCUUCCAGAGCAUGUGGGAGAUGGGUUUGAUGGGAAUGCAGUCGCCAGAGGAAUUCGGAGGGCUCGCCCUUCCGAACACGGGGUACGCACGGAUGGGAGAACUGGUCGGUGCGAUCGAUCUGGGGCUGGCCGUUGUUUUCGGUGCCCAUCAGAGUAUCGGCUGGAAGGGCAUCCUGUUGUACGGAACGGAGGAACAGAAGCAGAAGUAUCUCCCGCAAGUUACGACCGGUGGGACGAUCGCAGCGUUCUGUUUGACGGAACCAAGCUCGGGAUCGGAUGCAGGGUCAAUCCGCAGUCGGGCGGUAAAGUCGGCCGAUGGUAAGCACUACGUGCUGAAUGGAUCGAAGAUCUGGAUCAGUGGAGGCGGAUUAGCCAACGUGUUUACGGUAUUUGCGCAAACCGAAGUAACCGAUGCGAGGACGGGUCAAAAGAGGGAUAAAGUGACGGCAUUCAUCGUGGAGCGUGCGUUCGCGGGUGUCACCACAGGACCGCCGGAGGACAAGAUGGGCAUCAAGUGCUCCAAUACGGCCGAAGUUUACUUCGAUGACGUGAAGAUCCCGAUUGAGAACGUCCUCGGAGCAGAAGGCGACGGAUUUAAGGUGGCGAUGAACAUUCUCAACAACGGACGAUUCGGUAUGUCGGGUACGCUGGCCGGUACGAUGGCUCAUUGUAUCCGAAAGGCCGCGGAACACGCGACUACCCGCGUGCAGUUUGGACAGAAGAUUGAAAACUUUGGCAACGUCCAGGAGAAACUGGCGCGCAUGGCCAUGAAUCAGUACGUGAGCCAAUCGAUGGGGUACAUGAUCUCGGGCAACAUGGAUGCCGGGCACAAGGACUACCACCUGGAGGCGGCAAUUUCGAAGAUUUUUGCCUCCGAAGCAGCCUGGAAUGUGUGUGACGAAGCUAUCCAAGUUCUCGGCGGCAAUGGUUUCAUGAAAUCGAGUGGACUGGAAAAGUUUCUGCGUGACAUUCGGAUCUAUCGCAUCUUCGAAGGUGCCAACGACAUUCUGCGCCUGUUCGUGGCCCUCACCGGUAUCCAGUACGCCGGAUCACACCUAAAGGAGCUUCAGCGUGCGUUCAAAAACCCAACAGCUAAUCUGGGCCUUAUUUUCAAGGAGGGCUCACGACGUGCUGUCCGCAGCAUCGGCUACGGUGGAACUGAUCUCAGUACGUUCGUGGCGGAUCCGCUUAAGGAAUCGGCCAACCUGUGUGCGGAUAGUAUCGAUCGGUUCUCAAAGACCAUCGAGUCGCUACUGAUCAAACAUGGCAAGGGCAUUGUUGACCAACAGUUCCUACUGGUGCGACUGGCCGAUUCAGCGAUUGAUAUCUACGCCAUGUCUUGUGUGCUAUCCAGGGCGACGAAAGCGAUUCGCGAGAAUCAUCCUUCCGCCGAACAUGAGGUGCUGAUGGCAAAGGCAUGGUGUGUGGAGGCAAAUGAUCGUGUAAGAAUUAACAUCCGACGGAUUAACAGUGGAGUGUUCCUAAAGAACUUUGACACGAUGAGUUCAAUCGCGAAAAAUAUCUGCUCUCAACAAGGCAUUGUUCAGUCGAAUCCGGUCGGAAUUGUUUAACGAAGACCAGACUGGUGUCGAUGGUAUGCUUUAAAUAUACUGCAUGUGAUAAUUCUGUUUCCCUUGAGAGGAAUAAAAGUUCAAGAUAAUGUUUCAUUCGG